GGUUUGCGGCAGCGGGGGUUACGCAAGUGACCCAACAUGGCCGCCAGCGUGUGGAACUCAUGUCGUAGUGUCGGACAAAAGUUCGUUUUCGCGCCGCUUCUGCGGAACUGCUCGCAAUGCGGCGUCUCCCAGAGCUCCAAGACAACCCUGAGACCACUCAGAGAUGCGGGGAUCCAGAGAAGAGAGCUUUCUUCGCACGCAAAUAGCAGUAGAACCGGCGGCCGGUGGUUGAGUGUUGGGUUGGGUGUUGCAGGUUUGACAGCCAUGUCAGGGGCCGGUUAUGUCACGUACAGAUACAGACAGGCGAUGUCUACUACUGCUGAGGGACCGGUGACAACAGCACAGUGCCAGAGUUCGCCUGACCUGCCCCCCAUGAAGGUGACCCUGUACCAGUACCUGACCUGCCCGUUCUGCUGCAAGACUCGCGCCUUCCUGGAGUACUACGGCAUCGACUUCCAGGUCGUGGAGGUUAACCCCCUCUCCAGGAGGGAGAUCAGCUGGUCAGACUACAAGAAGGUCCCCAUCGUGAUCGUCGAGAUGGAUGGGAAGGAUGAGAAACAGCAACUCAACGACUCGUCAGUGAUCAUCAGUGUGUUAAAGACGUUCAUGGUGAACACACACAAGGACCUGGACAAGGUGGUGAGCUACUACCCGGUCAUGGUGACCCAGGACACAGACGGGAAGGAAGUGAGGGAGAUCGCCAACAGGCACUGGGUCAUGGUGGACCUGGAGACCAUGAGUGAGGAGUACGGCAAGAGGAGAAGGUCGGAGGUAAAGUGGAGAAAGUGGGUGGACGACCAUUUUGUCCACAUGUUGGCUCCCAACAUCUACCGGUCCCAGGCCGAGGCCCUGCAGGCAUUUGAAUACAUUACGAACGUACAGAACUUUGGGCCCUGGGAGAAGUGGGCAGCAAAGUACGGGGGGUCUGCCAUCAUGUGGACCAUCGCUAAAAGACUGAAGAGCAAAUACCAGCUGAAGGACGAUGUCCGAGAGUCGCUGUACGACGCGGCUAACGAGUGGCUGAAGGGUGUCGGCAAGAAGAAGUUCAUGGGGGGCAGCCAGCCCAACCUCGCAGAUCUGGCAGUUUAUGGAGUACUGAGCAGCAUCGAAGACUUUGAUACCUUCAAAGACUUGAUGGAAAACACCAAGAUGAGACCUUGGUACGAGCGUACGAAGAAGGCUGUGAAGAGUCAUGCAGGAGCAAACACAACACAUGUGCACGCACCGUGAGAGAGAGAAAGACAGAUGCUAUGUACAGUAACCAUAUUAAAGUACUGGAGAAAUUCCCCUAGCAUAAUGAAAAUGCGUAGAGCGAAGGGUUGGCCUUUACAAUAAAACUAUUGAAAUAAACCUGAAUGAUACUGAACAUAUACCUAACUGAACAUGUACUGCAGUGCUGUUUUCAGGUGCCACUUCCAAGAUGACAGACUGAUCUGAUCAUUAUGCGAUAAAAGUCAAUUGCAAUACACUGUAACACAAGGGAAAGGAGUAACUCAAUGGUUGACUCUGACCCCCGUGAUCGGACUUGCACAGCGUGUCAGCUCAUACCAGUUCACCAACCGAUUAGGCCAAAAGGUCCAGGACCCAUUGGGCCGGGCAGUUGGUGAUGCUAUAUACUCGCUGUUCUAACAUUGCUAACUACUGGAUCAGCAAUUUUCCUUCAUGUUGAGAUAGAUUACGCAUGUUUUUAAGGCUCAUUGAACAAUGUACAACUAUGAAAUAAGAGGAACGAGAUAUGUACAGCUCUGCAUGCAGAAAAUGAUGUGUAUAGUGUAGCUCUUUCCAAUUCUCAGGUUGACUUGUGAUUCUCCAUAGUAGCAGGGAGGUUGAAUUUGCUUAUCUUUGAGGGCU